AUGGAUGUCCAACAAGAAAAUGACUCAGAAAUGAAUCUGGCUGAGGACUUAAGGAGACAGCAAGUGAAAGGUAAGGGCAUGAAAAGCUCCAUUGUACCAACUGAACAAUAUUCACCACCACCUCCAGAGAAGCUCUUUGCUGGGGUCCUGGGAGUUAUCUGCCUUAUCUUGAUGUACAGUGUAGUAAGAGUGAUACUUUUUAUGCCUGGUACUGGUAAACUGGAGAAGAACAAUUCAUCCCUCAACACAAAGAUCCUGAAAGCAUAUCAUUGUGAACAUUGUCCACUGGGGUGGUUUACAUAUUCCAACAAUUGCUAUUACAGUAGCACUGAAAAUAAAACAUGGAAUGAGAGUUUGCUGGCCUGUGCUUCUAAGAACUCUAAUCUGCUUUACAUAGAUAAUGAAGAAGAAAUGGAAUUUCUGAGUUCCAUAUUACCUCCGUCAUGGAUUGGAGUUUUUCGUAGCAGCAGUGAUCAUCCUUGGAAGUUGACAAAUGGUUCACCUUUCAAAUUAAAAAUAGAAGACUUAUCAUCUGGUAAAGGUGACUGUGUUCUGCUAAACCUAUAUGGCCUCACAUCCUUGAGCUGUGGAGCUUCAAAAAUAUAUAGCUGUAAGCAUAAGCUUUAG